AUGGCUCCUCAGAACCUGAAGGUACUCACUGACAACACCUCCCACAGAUCCCGUGGCCACGGAUCCACCACUUCUAGACAGAAACAGCGAGAUCAAAACAUACACCACGUCGAGGUUUACCUAUCCCGGCCUGCGUAUCUUCUAUCGGCGCCACCAACAGGCCGACCGUCUUCCAAAGUCGCCGGCGCCGAUACCACUACUCGGUGCGGGAGAUCCGAGUUUUCAGUCCGACAAUGGGAAGCAUACACCACAGAUGCCCUGGUAGAGCUCCUGGAGACCAUCAUCGAGGAUUACCGUGAGAAGGAGGACGGCCAGGGCGUAGUGCUGAUUGGUCACAGCAUGGGUGCCUCUCUUGCUGCACUACUGGCGAGUCCGAGACCACCACCCCGGACUCAACUGCAUGAUCACGUCGCUGGCUUGAUCGCGGUCUGCCCCACCUCAGGUCUUCUAUCCCAGAAGCAAAUUAUGGUUCUUACGGCAUUGCUUUGGGUCCCUGAAAUCAUCUUUAACCUUUGGAGAGCGUGGGACAAGCGAGGCGGAAGCCAAAGUGCGAGCGUUAGGAGGUUCGUUGGCGCCGAUGCCGACCCCGAAGCAAAGCGGCUUCAAGACUUAUACAACAACCAAGCUAUCACGUCAGUCUGGCGUCGUAUGGCUUGGGGUUGUCUACCGACUCAUGUCAAAGGGGUUGCUAAGGGCGGCCUACCUUCGAAAGAAACCUGGGAAAAGCUGAAUGUGCCGGUUUUCUUAGUGGGAGGAGAAGAUGAUAGAGUCACCCCUCCCCAGGAAAUUGCCAAGAUCCGUGACUUCCUGCAAGAAGUCAAAACGACACCAGACACGAUUUCACCCGGCACCUCAGUUCUUGCUGACUCGGCAGCGCCGGUAGAUAUCAACGCAGCGGCGUCCAAGAUUGAUGCUUUGACAAGUUUGGGGCAAGGAGAGGAAAAUACUCGAGAAAGCGCGGAUCAAAAGCCAGUACACCGCACACAGGUGGCUGAACCAGAGGAAGGAGCGGACGAUCCGGUGACACCUACUGAGCAGGCAGCGAGUCUACCGUCCUUGUCUCUCCACCGCAAAAAGGUUGUGCGCUCCAUCAUCAUGGGCAAGCCGGCCACGCACGCUUUACUAUACACGCCGUCAACAGCCCGCAUCCUAGCGGGAUUGAUAUCAGAUUUUAUGGUUGUGCAUAUCACUGGUCGUCUUGACCUGGGCUGGCAACUGCAGUACCUUUCUCGUGAUGGCAAGUGGGAUGUCAAGAAUCUUCAGAAGUGGCAGGCAGUAGAGCCUGUUUCUGAACCUAUUGGAGGCAUCUUCCGUGCCAUCAAGACCUUGCGCGAGGUUGACGAAGAUCACAGUCCUUCGGAAUUUGUCAAGAAAUGGGGUGGGGUCAUUAAGGAUGUCAUUGACAUUUCGCAUGAUAACCCGGUGUACAACCCUCAGGGUCUCGAGAAGGGAGGAAUACACUACCACAAGUUCCCGACGGUUUCCAAGGUCCCGCCUACGGAUGCGGAGAUCAAGGGCUUCAUUGAGCUUGUCGACAAGGUCCGUGACGAGCAGAAGGAGCGGGCGAAGAGAGAGAACUGGGGAGAAGAGUAUUAUAUUGGAGUCCAUUGCCACUAUGGCUUCAACAGAACGGGAUUUUUCCUUGUCUGUUACCUCGUUGAGCGAUGCGGUUAUACACCGGAGGCGGCUAUUGAGCAUUUUGCUCAAAGCAGGCCCAAGGGUAUCAAGCAUGCUCACUUCAAGGACCGGUUGUACGUGCGGUAUUCGGGUUUAAGGAGCGAGGCAAUCGCGGAGCACUGAGAUUUCUCUUGCACCCUUUUUUUGUUGUUUGCUGGUUUACUUCACUGCAAAUAUCUCGAGAUUCUUCGAGAUUUGUUUAUCUGAUGAUACGAGCGGUUGGGUUAGUUGUAAGCAAUUCCUUGGUCAUGGUAGUAUGGUUAGGCCUUGUACGGAAAGAUAGGGCGUCUGGAAGGUUAAAUGCUGCUCGGUUCUUGAUACCUUGGAAUACUAGCCUGUAUUCCUUCUUUUUUAGUUAUUGAGUCUAGUUAGAGGUUGAUGUCUUGAUAAAAUCAAAGCAUAGCGUUGUUUACC